UCUUGCAGAAAGCAAGCAGACAUUCACAGUUCGCUCAUCUCAUCUACUUCUCAAAUAGGGUCUAACUGAAGCAGUAAUGUUUGGACUUCAAUGGAAAAGACGUCUGCAGAUCCCUGAGACAAAAAAAGGCAGUGGUGUGUCCUCACUGACCUGGACUACACACCUUCUGAGGGUGGAUCCUUAGGCACUUAGAGAACAAGUUCACUUCAUCUUUGUGACUGAAAAGAGACACGCUUGAGAUACCUGCACUUGAAACAGUCAUGCCUUACAGCCUGAGAUAUAGUGGCCAACAGUCUGGAUACUUUCCUGAAAUCUGGAAGUAUGAAUCUCCAUUCUGUGACAAUGAGAAUGAAGAGUUUGGUAUUUUCCAUAAUAAAGUUCUUCUCUUUUAGAGAAGUCUGAUCUCCCACAGGAUCUCCUGGCUCCCUGCUGAAGAGAUUCCAGUGAAAAUGCUGGCGCAACCAAUAUCACUCUUGGGAACAGCCCAAACUUAGAGAUCGAAAAUUAUAUAAACUGGGAUUAAAAGGAUUUUAUGUCAAAGAUGACAAUGACAGUACAGGGGAAGAACAAGUGUCUGAGGAGGAGAACUGUUGUCCCAAUGUGAGAUUAAAGGUGGAUGCUAAUCAUGCCCUGGACCUGGAAGAAGUUGAAUUAGACUCAGAAGCUGAGCUUAUGAAGAGCAUGGGAUUGCCUCUUCAGUUUGGUGGGCAGUCAGCCCACAGGAACUUUGUGGUAACAGAAAAUUAUAGAAAGAAAAAUAAUGUGAAGAUUAUGAAAAAGAAAAAGAAGAAGAAAAAUGAGUUACAGCAAAAACGUGAGGAUAAAAUGGGGCAGGAAUGCCAGGACAAAGCUUGUGGUGGUUGUACCCAGUCUGUUUCUGGUGAGCUGGCCCUAGCUACAGAGCAGUGUGAGAUGAGCAGCAAACCUCAGGCUGUAAUUGAAGAGAACUGUGAAAGUUCAGAAAGCCUUGCAAGUGAGGCUCUACCCAGUGAACUUAAGGAAAAAUGGGAGAAGUACUGGAACGAGUAUGGAGAGGGCCUUCUUUGGCAAAGUUGGUUGGAAAAGCACCAAGAAGUGUCAUCAUCUGAGGGCAUCACAGCCUCUGAGCCUUGGAGUAGUCCAGAUACUAAGGAAGAAUGGGAGCAGCAUUAUAGUGAACUGUACUGGUAUUAUUGGGAACAGUUUCAGUACUGGACAAGUCAAGGAUGGACUACUGAGAGCUCACAUGGUGACAAAGUGGAAAUUAAUGGGAUUACACAGGAGACUGGUUUUUCAGGUGAAAUGGGCUUGGUUAGCCCAGGACCUGAGCACAGUGAAGUGCUGAGCUUGGAGCUGUCUCCCUCCAACACCAGAAGUGAGGAAAGACUCCCUUCAAGUGCUGAUCCCCACAGUGAAAUAAUUUCUGGGAUUUGUGAUUUAAAUCUGAAUCUGGAGGAAGUGGAGCAGAGCAGUGCUGCUCUAACAGUAGCCCACAAAGAUCCUGAAGAGCAGAUUUCAUUUGACAGUGGAAGCCAGAAGGAGCCCUGUGAUGGCGGAAGCAGAAAAAGGAGAGCAUCUUGUGAAAAUAAGAGUCUUAACCAGUCAGGUGCGCAGGAGUCAUGUAGCUCAAAUUCAAGGGAAAAAAAGCAGUUGCUGCUUCAUGACCAAGAUGAAGAUGAGGAUGAAGAGCCUCCUGAAUACAGAUGUGUCAAAGUCAAGAGAAGCCAUGAGCUGGACAUGGAUGAGAUCCCAGUGGAAAAUCCUGAGGAAACCUGCUCUGUGCUGGGUUUCAAGUGUGGCACAGGACAAAAGUAUGGUGGAAUUCCAGAUUUCACCCACCGAAGUGUGCAGUACUUGGAGAAGGAAGCAAAACUCAAGUCCAAAUUCUUGAAUAUGCGUAAACCAAGGAGGAGCAAAAACACACACAUCUUCUUUACAGAGGAAUCUGAAACGACAUGCAAAAAAAGCAAAACUUUGAGGAAGGUGGAAAUGUUCCUGAAGCAGAUUAGUAAACCUGAGGAGGAAGACACGUCCCAGACAGGCACCCCUCAGGGUAAAGCAGAGGCAUCGUCUGUGAGCAGCAGCGACUCAGAGGGUCAGGAGGGCGCUGCUGCUGCCACACAGAGUGUGACACUGGAUGCUGAAAUCCAGGAGCCACCAUCUCCGAGUGCAGCCUGCAUGGAACCUGGAGGGACUAAGCUUGAGAGGGAGGCGCAGGACGCUGCGGCGAGUGGCUCCGAUGAGCAGGGGGCAGGGAGGCCCGAGCGUGGCGGUGGGCAACAGCUUGUCCCUCUGGAUAUUCCUGAUUAUCUCCAGCCAGAGACAGAGGACAUCAGCCAAGCUGUGGAUGAAAAAAUUACUGCAAAGAAGAAGGAGACAAAAAGAAGGAGGAGGUCUAAAAAUGCACAGAGAACUAUACCUCCUGAGAUUGCUGCUGAUCCAGAGCUCGUCAAGUACUGGGCACAACGCUACCGGCUCUUCUCCCGUUUUGAUGAGGGAAUUAAACUAGACAGAGAGGGCUGGUUUUCUGUUACUCCUGAGAAAAUAGCUGAGCACAUUGCUGUCCGCAUCAGUCAGUCGUUCAACUGCGACAUCAUAGUGGAUGCAUUCUGCGGGGUUGGAGGAAAUGCUAUUCAGUUUGCACUGACCUCAAAAAGAGUGAUCGCCAUCGACAUCGAUCCCGAGAAGCUGCGGCUGGCGCGGCACAACGCGGAGGUGUACGGCGUGGCCGAGCACAUCGACUUCCUGUGCGGCGACUUCAUGGCGUUGGCGGCUGGCCUGCGCGCCGACGUGGUGUUCCUCAGCCCGCCCUGGGGGGGGCCUGACUACGCCACUGCCGAAAUCUUCGACAUCCAAACCAUGAUCUGCCCAGAUGGAUUUGAAAUUUUCAGGCUCUCCAAGAAGAUCACGAACAAUAUUGUUUAUUUUCUGCCUCGGAAUGCUGAUAUUGACCAGGUGGCUUCCUUAGCAGGGCCAGGAGGAAAAGUUGAAAUAGAACAAAAUUUUCUCAAUUUCAAACUGAAGACAAUAACAGCUUAUUUUGGUGAUCUAAUAAGGCAUGACAUCUCCUGAACUCCAUGUGGAUUCUUCCAAACCCAUCCUCCCUAACUGCUGCCUUGCUUAAGCUUUUGUACAGCUGGCUGGUCAAAAAUGACUUAAAGCCAUUUUCCGCUUUAAUUUCAGUUUACAGAAAUUGGUUCUGUUGUACUGACAAUAAAUGUUUUAUAAUAAUUUUGACAAAACUGUAAA